AUGAACAAAAGACAAUACCGUCUUAAUUGGACCCUUCUAAAAUACUCAAUAAUCAUAAGUUCCUUUUUCCGCUUUAACGAUAAGUUCCUAAUCUCAAAUAACAAUCAUAAUUUAUUUACAAAAUUUCCGACAGGUGUGCUGACCAGCCUUUCUACUGACAUUCUGAAACGAAAAGCUGAUGUUCUUCGAGGCCGAAUUUGGAAGAUAGCAACAGCAUCAGCAGUUGGUGCAUUGGUACCUUUACCUGGAUUGUCUAUUGCCGUUGAUCUUCCUCUUAUCGCAAGCGAAGUGAAUUUCUAUAAAUCACAGCUUGGUUUGCCAGAUGAAAACUCGCAUGAAUUCAACAUGUUGACGCCAUCCCAUCAAGAGAAAGUUCGCCAAUUAUGCUUUACAAGUGCAACACAACUUGCAACAAUAAUGGCUACCUAUGCAACCAGUUCUACAGUUGAAGAGUUUGCACGGUUCGUGCCAGUUAUUGGUUCUGCGAUUACCGAGGAAAUAUCGUUUUGUUCAACGUAUUUUUUUUUACGAAAUUGUGUGUCUCAGAUGGAAAGUGUAGCUUUAGGAUUCCUUGAUCAAGUAAUGAUAAAAUACGUGGACAACUUAGAUCUUGACUAACUCGUUUUCAAGUGACUUUAUUACUGUUAGUGCAUUUUUGCAGAAAUAAAAAACGUAAAGUAGAAAUGUUUGAGAUGCAGUCUACCAUCAUUACUAUUAUUCAUAUUUAUUGUAUCAAGUAAAAACUGGAGUCAAUCACACAUCUUUAGUGUUGAAGAUGAUCAACGCACAUAAACGUUAUCAUUGCAAACUAAUGAGCAAUAAUUAACAUAAAUUCCCACUGGCCAUUGUUCAAAACAAAUCCAAACAAAGUGAUUUAUUUUCUGAGCAGUUUUCUUUAGUCAUAAUUUGCUACUCAAGUAGCGACAAUUAUUUUGUCAAGUGAGCUAUAGCUAAUUCUUUUGCACAGAAUGUGACAUACAACUUGCCAUGAAAAUUUAUGUUAAUUGUUUUAAACAAAACUCAUUUUUAAAUCUUUCUUACCCCUGAAUAAGCUGAGUAAGAAGAUUUUUAUACGCGUUCUUUAGUUCUGUCAUUCUAUUGAGUUCCAUUGGAUUGUUUUGCAACACUUGUAGAAAAAGAUUCUCAACCUUUAUAAGCAAAUAUAAAAUUUCAUGUGAA